UGACCAAGCUGGUGGGAAGCGGCCCCGUCGAGUUCGACAAGCCGGUGUACCUGGUGGAGGUGAAGGAGAACUCCAGCCCCCAGCCCCUGGCUCACCUCACUGCCAGAGUUCAAGCCCAAGGGGCGCCGCUGGAGUUCAGGAUCGCUGAGGGGAACGACGAGGGCGUCUUCACCCUCGACCCCUCAACUGGACGACUGGGCCUCACCUCUCCCCUCGACUAUGAGCAUCAGCAGCAGUACGACCUGGUGGUUGAGGCGCGGGCGGGGGAGGCGAGGAGCGAGGCGAGGGUGGUCGUGCGGGUCGUGGACGAGAACGACCACACACCUGUCUUCCCCAGGCUGCUCCACGAGACGCAGAUCACAGAGGAAGACGACCGUCAUCUGCCUAAGGUCAUCUUGACGGUGAGGGCGAGAGACGGCGACGGGGAGCAGCACUCACGCCUCAGGUACUCCUUGACCGGAGACGGCGUCUUUCCCAACGGCACCAGCAGCUUCGACGUGGACCCUCUCACAGGCGCGGUGCUGCUCUUGAGGCCGCUUGACCGCGACCCGCCGCACGGUCAGGCCAAAUGGCACCUGCGGGUAACCGCUAGUGACGGGGAGCUGAGCGGCCACACAGACGUCCAGGUCAACCUCAAGGAUGUGAACGACAACUCGCCCUUCUUCCCCACGCCCGUCCUCACCGCCACCAUCUCAGAGAGCACGCCCAUGGGGGCGCCGGUGAUCCGGGUGGUCGCGACGGACCACGACGACCCUGGGGAAGGGCAGAACGCCCAGCUCCUCUACUCCUUGGAGAAGAACGUGAUCGAUGAGGCCACUGGCAGUCCCAUCUUCACUAUCGACACCCAGCUGGGACUCAUCUCCACGGCCCUGUGCUGCCUCGAUCGGGAGAAGACACAGCGCUAUGCCAUCCAGGUGGUGGCUACUGACGGAGGGGGCCUGAAAGGCACAGGGACGGUGGUGGUGGACGUGGAGGACAUUAAUGACGUCCCUCCCAGAUUCUCGCGACCAGAGUGGACGUUGGACGUCUCUGAGAGCCACCGUCCAGAGCGCGUCCUCGCUACUCUCACAGUGGUCGACCAGGAUGUCACCAAUAACUUCACUUUCAGAGUGGUUCCGGAGAGCGGACACGGGUGGCAGAUGUUCCUGGUGGAAGGGCGGGGUGGUGGCGGCCCUGGCGGGGACCUCCGCCCUCUCACCGCUCUCGACUUCGAAAACCCGGACCACAGAUUGGGCUUCCGGUUCCGCGUGGAGGUGACAGAUGAGGGGGAGGAGGGGUGGGGGGACAAGUACCACGUGGACGGCGCCUGGGUCAACCUCCGACUCCUAGACGAGAAUGACAACACGCCCACCUUCGUCUCCGACCACGCCCACCUCACCUUGCCGGAGGACACGCCCACCGGCACUCAACUCGCCACCUUCACCGCCCACGAUCUAGACGGGGGCGGGCGCAGCAGGAUCACAUACGCCAUAUCCCCGUCCAGUGACGCCGGUCGUCAGUUCGGCGUGGACGGGGCCGGAGCUGUCCGGCUCGUGGGCGGCCUCGACCGGGAGACUGUUGCCGCCCACAGUGUGCUGGUGUGGGCGGUGGACGACGGGGUGCCGCCCAGGACCGCCACAGCCACCCUAAGUGUGAACGUGACGGAUGUGAACGACAACCCGCCGUUCCUGGCGGAGCCUCGGGAGGUGGAGGUGGUGGAGAACGGCGUGGCGCAGGUGGUGGCUCGGGUCAGACUCGGGGACGCCGACGACUGGCGCCAGGGACACGGGCCGCCCUUCACCCUGGCCCUCGACCCUAGGGCUCCCCCGCACAUCGCCACCUCCUUCACCGUCACUAUCGACAAAAGAGGAGACGAGGGUCGAGGUAUAGGCGUGGUGUCGACCGUCGGAGGGCUGGACCGAGAGGAGAGCCGCCUGCUGCUGGUGCCUCUGCUGGUGGGUGACGCUGGCUCCGUCUCCGCCACCCUCACCCUUACCGUCCACGUCGCAGACCUCAACGACAACCCCAUGGCGCCUGCCUCCAAGACCGUCACUGUCCACACAGUCAAGCACCAGAAGGGCCUGGUGCCCCUGGGCAGGGUGUAUGUCCAGGACCCCGACGAUUGGGACGCAUCCGCCAAGACCUAUGCCUGGAGACACCACCAGUCAGGGUUCUUCCUGAGCGCCUCUACAGGAGCCCUCACCAUGGCACCUAACACCCCGGAUGGCCGGUACGAGUUGGGCUUCUGGGUCAGUGACGCCAGUCAAGGUCAGUCUGGGGUCAUGGCCAACGUCACAGUCGAGGUCAAGUCGCUGACCCUGCAUGAUGUCACACAGGCCACGCCCCUUACUCUGGCUGUUGACCCGUACCAAGCGGUCAGCGAGGAGGCCGGCCAGGGAGGGUCCUCUCUCGUGGACCAGUUGGCGGAGGCUUCCAGGGCGUGGAUUGAAGCGAGCAGUGGCGUGUGGGCGUGGGUGAACCAAGAGGGCGUGGGCGGGCGGGAGUGGGAGGGCGUGCGGGUGGCGUCCAGUCAGCAGGAGGAGUCGCGGACGACGAUCAAACACAAGGCGACCACAACCCGUGUGUGGGUGGUGGCCCCUGGCGUUCACAACCUCGGUCACAUCCUCUUGUACCGUAGGCAGCAGCUUGCCCAUGCGUUGGGGGUUGACAUACAAGAUGUGGGCGUUGUCGCGUGCCAGGAGCCCGCCCACAACCCCGCCCACACACCCGGCGGGGGAAGGAGGAAGUGUCUGGGGGGGUGCUGGUCGCAGACGGUACUGGCGGAGGGGUACAGCGUGGUAGACUCCCGUACCUCUGCCCUGGUCGGCCCUCGGGUACACCUGCAACGUGGGUGUGGGUGUCGGGCGCCCAAACCUACCUACCGCCACACCUGCACCCCACACACCUGCCUCAACGGUGGGCGCUGUGUACCGACGCCCUCGGGCACUAGGUGUAUAUGUCCCUACGGCACCUGGGGCUCACGCUGCAAGGUCCUCAGCAGGUACUUCGAGGGCGCAGCCGACCCAGGAGGCGGGGGCGCCGCAGACAGCGGUGGCUGGGCGUGGGUUGAACCCGUCCCCGCCUGCGCCGAAGUCCACCUCAGUCUUGAGGUUCUCACCGCCUCCCCUGACGGCACGCUUCUCUACUCUGGCCCCCAACAGGAGCAGCAGCAGGAAGAAGAGGAGGUGGAGGUGGUCUCCGAGAAGUCCCUCGACGUGGAGGAGACCACCAGCAGAAGCAAGAAUGGGAUUGAAACACUUACCGAAACGAAGGAAAAGGACUUGGUAUACAAUACCCCAAGGAAGAUAAGUGAGAUUUUAGAAGGGGCUUUAAGAUCUAGCAACACUUUUGAGGAGGCGCUAGGAAGAGCGGACGACAUCUUGGAAAAGGCGUUAAGAGGAGAUAUCGAGAUAGAAAAGUCCCCCAUGAAAUCCACCGAAAUGGCGCACGUCGGAGCCCCUAGGAAGCCUAGUGAUUCUGCAGACGAGCCGUUGAGGACGAGGAGAGACGUGAUGCUGCUGGAGGUGCGAGGAGGUCGUCCCUCGCUGCUGCUGGACCUCGGAGGCGGCGCCGUCACUCUCUCCCUCAAUGCCUCCUACACCCUCGCCGACAACACCUGGCACAGGAUAGACCUCAUAUGGAAGGACGAGCUGGUGGAGAUGAUAGUGGACCUGUGUUCCGGCGGCAGCCUCGACGUCCCGCCCACGCCGCCCUCCAUCCCCGCCCACACCAUGCCCCCGGACGCCCACACCUGCAGGGGCGCCGUCAGACUGCCUAAAGAAGCCCGCAUGCUCAACACAGACCAGCCGCUACAGGUGGGCGGGCUGGCUCACCCACUCCCCGCCCACACCUUGUAUGGCUGGCCGGCACCGUUGCGUCCAAUGCCAUUCAGGGGAUGUAUCAGGAACCUAAGAAUGAAUGGCGAGCUAGUGGACCUGGGUGAUGCACUUCUCAGCAGGCGCAGCUCUCCAGGGUGUGCUGCCUCCGACUGCCUCUCAGACGGCCUCCACUGCGGCCUACAUGGCAGGUGCCAGGGGUCUCCCAGGUCGCUGCGGUGCGAGUGCCAGCCCGGGUGGCACGGACAAGACUGUGCCACCCCCACUACGCCCGCCACCUUCUUAGUCAACAGCUACGUCAAGUUGGCCCUCUCCUUCACGCCCCUCGGCUACACCACCACCAUCACCUUAAGGUUCCGCACGAGACGGCUGCGCGGGCAGCUGGUCGGGGUGUCGUCGAAGCAGGGUCGAGACAGCUUCAGCCUGCAGCUGUUGGAUGGUCAGCUGUGUGUGCAGCUGCAGUUCCAGCCUGACCCAGCUAGGUCACUCUGCCUCGCCCGGGCUGAGGUCACAGACGGUCACUGGCACUCCGUCACUGCCGCCAGACAUGGCUCGGCGACCUUCCUUGGUGUGGACGACGGGGACGGCGAUCUGUACAACGCGUCCGUAUCGUUAGAAGGACGCCAGUUGCUGGAAGUGGACACUGAAGAAGGAGUCCACGUCGGUGGGGCGCCCGAAUACUCCGACGCGAGCAUCUUGCAGAUCCACAGCGACUACCACGACGGUUGUAUUGACGACUUGAGGCUCUCCGGUCGCAGUGUGCCACUGCCCCCGGCUGUGAACAGGACGGCAUGGGGCGAGGUGGGAGCGUACAAAGGUGUGGAGCAAGGGUGUGGCGCUCCUCCUGCCUGCUCCAACGUUACCUGCUCUGCGCCCCUCUCCUGCGUCGACACCUGGAGGUCCUAUCACUGCGGGUGUGGUGAAGGGCGCGUCCUGAGCACCAGCAGGGCCACGUGUGACGACCUGGACGAGUGUGUGUGGCAGCCAUGUCUCAACGGUGGCUCCUGCUUCAACACCCCGUCUGGGGGGUACACGUGCGCAUGCGGUGCCGGCUUCAGUGGACAGCACUGCCAGAUGCCAGACGCCAGAGACACGUCGCUCAAACUGUCUUUGGGUGCCCUGGUCGCUAUCCUCGUCUGGUGCGCCUUUCUCCUGCUCCUGAUUUGUGCCUUUCUGCUGCAUCAGCACCACAAGAGAUCUGCACUCCGCAGGGGUGUGGCGGCAGCGGGGGUGAAGGAGGCGACUGGGAAGGAGGCACCCUCUCCUUCCUGCCCCCACACACCCAACCUACUGGAACUCCAGCUCCUUAAGCCUCCCAGAGCCAAUGGCCAGCCAGCCUGGACCUCCAGAAAUCCAAAUAUUGCUGAUGUGGAUGUCCUUCAGGUAGACGCUGCUUCGGUAACCAGUAGCAUGGAAGAACAGAAGCGCUAUGGCACGUCCAACCCAGGGGUGAUAUUUCCCCAGCGAGGAGACCAGGGAGCAGAGACGCCGCCGAAGAACAGGAAUGGAGUGAGUCGAGGUGGUGCUGGGACUCCGAUCCCCGGUGACGACCUCAGGAACUAUGCUUACGAAGGUGAAGGCUCCUCCCCUGGAUCACUCUCGUCGUGUCUGGAGAGUUGCAGCGGCAGUGCCAAAUUUCUAGGUGGAUUCCGCGAAGUGGCACACAUGCUGGAGUCCUGACACUCGCCCAGCCUCAGCCAAUCACCAUCGCCACACAAGAAAACUAAAAAUGCCCAGCCAAUCGUGACAAUUAAUCCUCCUCCUGAAGCAAAUAUACACAUGCCCACUACCUAUUUGGAACAGCUGCCUCCACCAGUCAGCGACGGAAUGGUCAAAAUCGGAGAGCUCGUGGCUGGGGCCACAGCACCCGACCAGCCUUGUGCCUUUUUAGGAUAAAAUAUUUUGCUUUUUAGCAUUUUUUAUAAUACUAAUACAGAUAAAAAAGUUAAAGUAAUAACAUUCAGAUCAAAUACUACUAUAUUCUUGAAGUAUCAUCUAGGGAGAAAAUAAGUUCUUGAAAAAUAACUAAUAUUUUCAUUAUCUAAUUUCAAUAUUAAACUUGGCAUAUGUAAUGUCUAAGAAAUAUUAUAAAAAGCAUCUUGUGCAUGAACUCGUCCACUCCAUCUCUAUUGUCCAGGGUUCUCAUAUUGGGACACAUACACAUAGAUCUGCAUGUAUUCCAGGUGCUCUCUGCAGCAUGUAUACAAUGUUCCAAGAUUGUUCUAGUCAAUAGAGCAGCCUCAAAACAUUCGUACAUAUGCUGAAGAAGCCAUGGAAUAUGCAUACAAUUGUUAGAGCAGCCUCAGAACAUGCAUAUACACACACCACCUAUUUCAGCUAUAUUAUGUACCCUUCUUCCAUCAUUAUAUAUAAUGAGAAUUUGGUUGAAAGUGACCACAUUGUUGAUUUUGCUGUAUAGGCAUUUAAUGCAUUUGACAAUCUUUUUUUUUUUUUUGUAUUGGCAUCAAGUUAGACGAAUGUUACUGAAAUUCGUGGUCAGUCUGGGUUUUAGGAGAAUAAAAUACUCGGCGACUAAUCCGAGUAUCUAGUGGGCCAUUUUUGGUAAGCAUAAUAAUGGCUAUAUGAUGUAUUAUGUACACAAUGUUUUGUUCCUGCCUGGAACACCUUCAGGUGAGAUAUGGUGUUUAGCAUGUAAGCAUAGUAAGGGGGAUAUAUAUAUAUUCCAGUAGAGGUGAGGUGCAAGUUAGGAGAGUCAAGCUGCAUAUCUCUGCAGAUGGUCAAGCUGCAAAUGUCAUCAUCUUCCAUUUGGUGGUAUCUUGCUAAACACCAUAUCUCGCCUGAAGGGGUUCCUGGCAGGAACAAAACAUUGUGUACAUAAUCUAUCAUAUAAUCAUUAUUGUGUUUUAUUCUCCAAAAUCCCAGACUGACUACGAAUUUCAGUAACAUAAUUACCCAACUUGAUGCAAAGAAGAUUGUCAGAUGUACUGAAUGCCUGAAUAGCAAAAUCAACAAUGCUGCCAAUGCGGUCAUUUUCAACCUGAAAAUAAAUAUAUAAAAUAAUAUGAAGUUACUUGAACUGGCAAUCUGGAGAUUCCCAGAUGCCUGCCUAACCCACUCAGCCAUAAUGGGCUUUCGUCCUAUCAACUCUGAACUUUACUGAAUUCCAGAGAGGUUCUGGUGGCCCAAACUGAUGCCCAAACAGGAUUUUUAUGAUAGGCCGCCUACACUCUGGUCUGCAGACCAGAGUGUAGAUAAGCCUAUCAUAAAAAUCCUGGUUAGGCACCAGUGCAUCAGGCCUCUGGAACCUCUGUGAAUUCAAUGGAGUUCUGGUUGAUAGGACAAAAGCCUAUCAUAGCCGAGUGGGUUAAGGCAGCUAUCUGGGAAUAUCCAGAACACCAGUUCAAGUCCCCUCAUUGUCCCAAAAUGAUUUUAAUAAAAUAUUUUUGAUGAUGGUUUGUAGAAGUAAAAAUUGUUCAGACUUUUUUUCUUGAUAUCUACUUUAUUAUUAUAUAAUAUAUUUUUACUUAUUUCAAAUAAAUAUCUUGCUUUAAGGCUCAACACGGUUUAAAAAUAUAUAAAUUAACUUCUAUAUGUAUUUGUUUUUUAUUUUAUAUCUAACAUGUUUUUCUCAGUAUGAUGCACUAUUUCAGAAAAAAAAUUAUGCAUCUAAUCUGAGAUACCGGUUCCAUUUACUGUGUUACACUCCUUGACCCAUUGUUUACACCAAUCUAAUUCAAAUUACACUAAAACUUGAAAAAGUGAACCUGAAUGUUAGGGCCAGCUAUCAUAUGAAUAAUCUAAUGUGUGUCUAGACUGACAACCAAAAGCAGGAUUCGCUGAGCGAACUCUUGCAUUGUGACCCUAGGGACACACAAGAGAGUCGGUGCUCUGAACCCCACCAAAAUCACACGACGCAAUCACACUGCCACUGUAAUGCUACUCUGGUGUGUAGUGACUAGGGACAGAGUCCAAGUGACUACAAAUCCAGUAGCCAGACAAUUUUAAGAAAAUGUGUGUGCAUCAUUUUUGGAUUGGUGAGUAAAAACCUCUAUUAUUUUCAGAAUCCGUUUUGUAUUUUUUAAGAUUUUAUCUUCAAUGUAUUUAAGUAAUAAUUGAAACUACUUUCGUUAUAUCGCUGGUUCUGUGACACUGAAACCCUGCUAUAAGAGAACUGAAAUAAAUUGGUAAAUGUUGAAGCCUGUUAAAUAUGAUAACAGCCGGGAAAGAAAAUGUUAAAACCCGUUUUGUGAGAAAUUUUGGAGAAAAGUUAUCAGAGUGAAGCUAGUUUUGCAAGAGUGAGAUUAACCUUUAGUUUUCUUGCAAAACUUAAUAAUUUUACAUGCAAACAUUUUUAUAUUAGAGAUCACAAUAGAUUUUGUUGGUACCUCAACUGACCGGUACUUACUGACCGAAAACAGUUUUUGUGAUGGCAAGCUGGACUCUUUAUGAGAGCAAGUUUGUGAUAAUCCUUGGGAUGAAUCCAGUUUUGUGGGAACUGUCAUAUACUGUGAGACUGAAACCAGGAAGCUACAUAACAACCAGUUUUGUGACAUUGAAGCGGUUUUGUGUUAAAAGCCGGUCCAGAGUUAAAGCCGGUUUUGUAUUUUUCUAAAAAGAUUAUGUAGUAAAUAAAGCAUGAUGUUGU